AUGGGAGCCAGCCAGGGCUUGACUGCAGCAUGUCAACCCUGCUACACGGAAUCCUGCUGUGAUGAUGAUACACUGGAUGAGAAAUCCACCACCUACACAAGACCAUUGACAGUACACGGCUUCAACGUGUUGUCCUUUGGGCCUGGCAGUGGGCCGGCAGGGCAAGUCUUUGAGGAGACUCUGCGUGGUCUCAGUCGUGCUGACCGAAGCUUGCUUCAAUUCUCCUCGACUGCAUGCCUUGUGGCCGUGAGGUGGCUUAUACACCAAGGGGCAGCGCCCGAUGUUCACGAUGCCAACGGCACCACAGCUCUUCAUGUUGCCUGUCGAUCUGGUUCUCUGCCAGUGGUUUGCGAGGUCUUGAAAUACUCUCAGCUCCUCGAGGCUGUGGACAUCGCAGGUUGGACUCCGCUGCAUAUUGCUGGGCACAUGGGCCGUUCCGAAGCAGUCCGCUUCCUCUUGCAGGCGCGAGCCAGUCCUCAUCGACGGAAUGCUUCAGGCCAGACGCCAGCGCAAAUCUCCCUUGAUCGCGUUACACGCGAGGUGCUGCAAGCAGCAGCCGAAGAUGGUGACUGGGAGAGGGGAAUGGUGGCCUUGGGCGAUGCGGAACAGGAAGUGGAGGAUGGACCGGAAGACUACUUUGCCGCCUUUAACAUGAAGGAGGACAGAGUCGGAGUGCCUCACCAGUGUGAGCGAGAGCUUUUCUUCGUCACUCCAAAGGCGUCCAUCAAGGAGGUAACCACCUUCAGGAAAUCCCUCAUGAAAGUGCUUGUCUUGCUUUUCAAUCUGAAGCCCAGCGCUGGCUUGGCUUUUGCGGUUGCCUGCGGCCUGUCGGAAAGCUAUGGUGCUGCUGCAAGGGCCUUGCUGCACACAGAGGGCGCCGACAGAAGUAAGAUCGGCAACUUCUUGGGCCAGGACUUCUCCCUUUGCUUGUUGGUGCGGUUUGGCGUGUUGGACAGCCUUCCGCUCCUGUGCACGGGGGUGAUUUCUUGCCUCGAGCUGUCGUUUUCGAGGAUUCAGCUUCCUGAGGACAUGGAUCGGAUGGAGAGAUUGCUACAUGCUGCUGCCUUGGUAUGGUGGCGAAAACAUCGAGCAUUGUCUCCGUCCAUGCUUCCGACAGAGGGUACUGUGGAAGACGAUAAAACCAGCGAAACCAAAGAGUUGGUUGGCCAUGGUCUUCUACAGUACAUCUCCAGUGCCCAAGUCAUGUCGCAGCUGAUGUUUUCGACUGUGAUGUUGCACCAAGUCAUUCAUGGUGAUGGUACUGGUGCAACAGGGACAAUGAGCUUCGAUGAUUGGGCCAACAUGAACAAAGGGCUGGAGGACGUCCACAAGGACAUCCCAAACUUUGUCACGAGGCCCAUCUAUGACGCCAUUUGCGCGAAAUUCGUUCCAGAGCUAUGCAUGGCACCGAGUGCUCAAAGUCCCACUUCACGGAGCCAAGCGCGAUCACACAUAGGCAGUGAAUCCAGCACAGGACUCAGAGUUCAGUGUGCUUGGACCAGUUGGACAGGUUGGACAGGAUGGUGA